AUAUGUGGGCGGAGCCGCCGCCAGACGGAGGCCAGUGAGUCAGAGACGAGGACGGACCGACUGCAACCCGACUAAACAACUCCCUCAAGUAACUUAGCCUUCUUCUGACACCGCACUCGGAGUUUGUCGCCUGGGAUGAAAUGCUUUUACGUGGAUGACUUGAAAGAUCAGGUCGAGAUCCAGCCUGGUGACUCCAAACUGACCCGUGUGUCCCAACUUGAGCUGCCUGGCUCAAGGGAGCAGCUUGCGGAGAGUUCACCACCAUGUCUUAACACCUCACGCUCCCCUCUGAAAACCCUGUCCCCCCUUCCCUCUCUCUCCCCUCCCUCCCCCUCCUCCUCCUCCUCCCCUCCUGCCCUCCCUGUAGAAGCUUCCCAGUCCUUUGGAAACCACAGUGCCUCCUCUGGAGAAAUGAGUCUGCAUCAGCCGCAGCAGGGGUCCGAGAGGGACCUUCCCUCGGCUGCCUCAUCCGUCAGUCUGCCCUCCGUACGGAAGACGCCUAAAAAACGCCGCAUCUCGCUGCGCUCUCUGUUCCGCCGGCGUUGCGGGGACCCCAAAUCCCGCAAGUCGCGUGCACUAGCCGCCGGAGGGGACGGCAUCGCUAGUGUGGAGAGCGUGCAGUCGGAAAUGUGCCAGCAGCAGGAUCACGCCUCUGCGCUUUCUGCUCCCGGUGUGGCCUCCACCUCAUCUUCAUCUUCCUCAUCCUCAGCUUCCACCUCUGAACUGCUGGAGUGCCCGCUGUGCCUGCUGCGCCACACCAGAGAUCGCUUCCCUGACAUCAUGACAUGCCACCACCGCUCUUGUGCCGACUGCCUCCGACAGUAUCUGCGCAUCGAGAUCUCUGAGAGCAGGGUCAACAUCAGCUGCCCAGAGUGCUCCGAGCGCUUCAACCCCCACGACAUCCGCAUGAUACUCAACGACCGUGUGCUCAUGGAGAAAUAUGAGGAGUUCAUGCUGCGCCGCUGGCUGGUGGCCGACCCUGACUGCCGCUGGUGCCCUGCUCCAGACUGCGGGUAUGCAGUCAUUGCCUUCGGUUGUGCCAGCUGUCCAAAGAUUACCUGUGGUCGUGAGGGCUGUGGGACUGAGUUCUGUUACCACUGUAAACAGCUGUGGCACCCAAAUCAGACCUGUGACGCCGCCCGACAGCAGAGAGCUCAGAGUCUCCGGCUGAGACCCUUCAGAUCAUCAUCACUCAGCUACAGCCAGGAGAGCGGCGCUGCUGCCGAUGACAUAAAGCCGUGUCCCCGCUGUGCGGCCUACAUCAUCAAGAUGAAUGAUGGGAGCUGUAAUCACAUGACCUGCGCUGUGUGUGGCUGUGAGUUCUGCUGGCUGUGUAUGAAGGAGAUCUCUGACCUGCACUACUUAAGUCCUUCAGGAUGCACGUUCUGGGGUAAGAAACCUUGGAGCAGGAAGAAGAAAAUCCUGUGGCAGUUGGGCACACUUGUGGGCGCUCCGGUUGGCAUUGCACUGAUUGCUGGCAUUGCCGUACCUGCAAUGAUCAUUGGGAUUCCUGUGUAUGUGGGCAGAAAGUCAUCAUGUGCAGGUAUAGGAGUGCCCAUCAUGUUGGCGUACGUCUACGGUGUGGUGCCCAUCUCUCUGUGCCGCAGCGGUGGUUGCGGCGUGUCUGCGGGGAAUGGUAAAGGCGUGCGCAUCGAGUUUGAUGACGAGAACGACAUGAACGUGGGCACCGGAGCCGCUGUGACUGACACCACUUCGGUAGCAGAGACCAGGCAUAACCCCAGCAUCGGCGAGGGCAGUGUGGGGGGUCUGACGGGCAGCCUGAGUGCCAGCGGGAGCCACAUGGAGCGUAUUGGAGCAAUGAGAGACAACCUGAGCGAGAACGCCAGCACUAUGGCCCUCGCCGGGGCCAGCAUCACUGGCAGCUUGUCAGGAAGUGCCAUGGUCAACUGCUUUAACAGGUUGGAGGUUCAAGCUGAUGUUCAAAAGGAGCGUUGCAGUCUGAGCGGGGAGUCUGGCACCGUCAGUCUGGGGACAAUCAGUGACAACGCUAGUACCAAAGCAAUGGCUGGAUCCAUUCUCAACGCCUACCUGCCUCUGGACAGGGAUGGGAACAGUAUGGAGGUGCAGGUGGAUGUGGAGUCCAAGCGAGGGAAGCUCAGGCACCACAGUGGCAGCAGCAGUAUGGACGACGGCAGCAGCGGAGGACACGGGGCCGGCGUUUGCCCCGCCGGCUGUCCCCACGAGGGCAAAUGUGUUACCUCUCACUGGGCCAAGGAGCCGUCCUCCACCACCUCCUCUUCCUCUGGCAAGAAGAGCAAAGGCAAGCUGCGCAAAAAGAGUGGCGGAACCAAGAUCAACGAGACACGUGAAGACAUGGACGCCCAGCUGCUAGAGCGCCGCAGCACCAACUCCAGCGAGUUAGACUCGCCCUCUCUGAGCGGCAGCCUGCCGUCUGUGGCCGACUCACACUCCAGCCACUUCUCAGAGUUCAGCUGCUCCGACCUGGAUGCCUGCAGACCGCCCUGCUACGAGUCUCACGUCCGACAUCCCAACACAGGCGGGGCGGUCAGCCCUCUUCCAGAGGUCGAGAACGACCGGCUGGAGAACUGUCCCGCGUCUGGGACCCUCCCACAAGCUGCGGUCGCCCCUCUGACCCCGGACGGGCCGGCAGAGUGCCCGCUAUGCUACAUUGCAGAGGAGAAUGUGAGUUUAAUAUGUGCGGGCCAGAGCUCGCCUAAAGAACGCAAUAACCUUCCUCAGCCGACUAGUCCUGUGCGUAACGCCUGCAUUCAAACAGAGAUAUAAACAGAUGGGUUGAGUUGACCCACAUGCUAGCUUUCACAGCUAACCUCAACACCAACUUUAUUACCAAGGAUUGCACACUGAAUUGAAGAUUUUAAAGCUUGUUUCAUGGAGGUUUAACGUCUUGGUCGGUCGAUUAUUCGAAUGUUAGAGAAGGAACGCCACUAUUUACACUGGUCAAGGGCAGGAUGCGCCUUCAGAAAGCUCGCCGUGACCAAAGGCUACCGUUUGACCGACAGUCGGUCAGUGCAGUACAGUUAGACCGAAGCUCGGAUAAGAUUCAGAAAGGCAACAGAUGAAUGUAAGGCGGGAAGUGAUGCACAGAUACUGAUGGUGAUGUAGCUGUCAAUCACACAUGCCUCAGUGUUCAGGGUCGCUGCGAUCAAGAGCCUGAGGAACGAGUGCGUUGAUGAAACGUGUCCAGCUCAUUUUCAGCCCAAAAUUAGAAGGAAAGAAGAGAAAUAUCAUUCCUUGCAGAGUGGAAAUGAAGCCUCUGUUUAGGACUAGAUUUGUGACAAAUUCGUGUAAAUUAAAGGGAUGGUUCACCCAAAAAUGAACAUUCUGUCAUAAUUUUUACCCUCAUGCCGUUUGAAACCUGAACAUAAAAGA